AUGUACGGGAAGUUCUUCUCCACGAAGCGCGACGUCCUGUGGGCGUUGAUCGUGUUUUUCUGCGUGAUGGUCCUGUACCUCUACCACGCCCAGCUGUCCGAUCGACUCGAGACGCUGGAGGAGUUCAAGCGAACGCAUCAGGAAGAACAGCGGAGGGGCGUUCAUCGACGGGUGGAUUUCGCUGUUCCAGAGUACCAGGUGGUUGAGUAUCUCACUAGCUACUCGCUGCCACCGGAUGAUGGAUGGGUUGAAAAGCUUCCCGGAGACAUGGGCAAACCAGUGAUACUGCCCGAUAACAUUACCGAAGACGUAAAGCGUCUCGUGAAGCACGGGUACGAUCAGCAGGGUUUGAACCAGUACGUUUCUGACUUGAUACCGGUAAAGCGGCGACUGCCAGAUCUGCGAGAUCCCUGGUGCACAGCGGAACAGCGUCUUUUGCGUGCUCUACCCCAGGCAUCGAUCAUAAUCGUGUUCUACAACGAAGCCUGGUCGGUGUUGGUGCGAACGGUGCACUCGAUCCUCGACCGGACCCCAAACGAGCUGAUCCGUGAGAUCAUCCUCGUGGAUGACUACUCCAGCUUAGCUCAUCUCCAGACCCAGCUGGACGAGUACUUCAGCAGUUACUCGCUCGUGAGGAUCUUGCGUGUCCCGAAGCGCCUAGGACUCAUCCGGGCCCGGUUGUACGGGGCCCGUAACGCGUCAUCUGAUUUCCUGACGUUCCUGGAUGCACACUGCGAAUGUACGGUGGGAUGGCUCGAGGGCCAGCUCGACCCUGUCGUCCGAGAUCCGCACACAAUCGCGCUGCCAACGAUCGACUGGAUCGACGAGAACAACAUGAAACUCGUGAGCGAUAAGGCACCGGUAUUCUACGGUGCCAUGGGCUGGGGUCUGGACUUCCAGUGGCGCGGUCGAUGGGACCGAGUCCACAAGCCACCCAACAAGAUGGAACCGUUCAGUACGCCCGUCAUGGCGGGAGGUCUGUUUACGAUACACCGAGCCUUCUUCGAGUGGCUCGGCUGGUACGACGAAGGCUUGGACGUGUACGGUGGCGAGAACAUUGAGCUUUCGCUCAAGGCGUGGAUGUGCGGUGGUAAACUGGUGACGGUGCCGUGUGCUCGCGUUGCUCACAUCCAGAAGGCAGGUCAUCCGUAUCUGCGUGAAUGGAAAACGGACGUCGUGAGAGUGAACUCCGUCCGAGUGGCCGAAGUGUGGCUGGACGAAUAUGCACCGGUGUUAUACCAGCUCUUUGGUGGAGAGCAAUUCCGCGGGGAUUUUGGUGACGUGUCUUCUAGGAAGCAGCUACGGCGCGAGCUGCAUUGCAAGGACUUCUAUUGGUACCUGACGAAUGUAUUCCCGGAGCUAGCAGAAGAGCUCGACAAGCGACCUGGACAGGGUCCAUUCCGGAACGAUGCGCUGCCAGGAGUACCCGGGUUCUGCUUAUCCUACGACGAUUACAGCAACGCGGUCAGCAUGAAGCCAUGCCACCAAGGUGACGCCAAGCAACAGUGGAUCUUCAGCCUGUACGGCGAGAUCGGUACCGACAAUCACUGUCUCGAUUACGAUGGCAACAUGCUCGUGAUGUUCCACUGUCACAAGGCGCGUGGCAAUCAGCAGUGGGCGUUCAACAGCACCACCUCGCAAUUCGUACACGCGAAGCAUAAAAGCAAGUGUCUGGCGGUGGAGCAGCCGACGUUGAAGGUGCACAUUGACACGUGCGAUACGAGUAAGCAAUCUCAGCGGUGGCACUAUCCGGCCACAGGGCAUAAAGCGUAGGGGUUCUAUUUGAUCUGGCAUGUGGCUGAUUGUCCUGCCAAUGAGGUAUACCGCGCGAUACCAGCAAAACCCUAUGGGUACAUUUAGAUCGCGUGGAAGCAACGACAAAUGAGCACGGAAUACUUCGCCUGCCAAAGGUGCUCGAUUCGACUGACGUGCAAACCGUAGUGUAGUUAGUUCUUAAAUAAAUAUC